CCGAAAAAGACGACGGAUGCGGGGCUACUAGCGCUGUCUGAGUGUGCGACAAUGGCGUUGUCAUCAUUAAGGACGUUGAAGCUCGAACAGGGCAAUCAGGAUAAUACGACGCCAAAUGUUCAACUCGAGCAGGGUGCGUGCGUCCUGGCGGGAAGGUAUCUCUCGCUGGGACUGAAUGACAUGGCAUACAAGGAGCUGCGUGGGCUGAAGCGGAGAAUUCAACAAUACCUGGAUAGCAAGGCUACGGCACGAAAGAAGACGACGAAGAGCGAGGAAGGGUCGGAGGAUGCAGUCACGGAACGCAUGUCGGAUUUGAUCGGAUUUUCCAACCUCACACAGGGCCAGGACAUGCUCGGCUUGUUGGUUUCGUUCCAAUCCAAUUCUCUGCGGCUCAUUGCGUCCAAGAAGAAGGCAUCGACGAUACAGAAGGUUGCGCCUGCCCUGCAAUUGUCCAAUUCAAGCAGCCCUGCGAACGUCAUUGUAGCGGCGAUGGAAAAUGGUGCUCUCGCAAAAGACAAGGCGGCAGUACAGCUUCAACUACUCUCGAAUACGGUUCUAUCGUUAUCCUCUACCCCCCAAAAGUCUACCGAUGCCUCCACCACGAAAGAUCGCCUGAAGCCGAUUUCCGCUUUGAACCUGCAGCUUCUGUCAUUGGAAAUUCGCUUCAUGAGCUGGAAGAUUUCUGGGCACAAGUGUGAUGAUGCGAGGGAGGUCUGGGAUCCUCUGGCACGUUACCUUGCUACAUUUACGCACAACAACAAGACCGGGAUCGAGAAGACCGAGUUCGCCGUCACCUACAAAACAAUUGUUCGACUCCAGUCAGUGGUCGCGAAAACUCCAAAGAGCACGGCAACCAACAUGAAAGACAACCUUUCCGUGGCCAAAAUCGCGACGGUGUUGGGCCAGCUUGCUCAGGAAGCGGGCUGCUUUGACGAGGCUUUGCAGCUGUUCACGGAAUCUCUGACCCCGUUUUCGAGUAUGCAAUCGCUAUCCCUCGCCACCGUACGAUGCAAGAUCGGUGUCCUAUAUUUUGAAGGUCUCCGGAAAUCGAAAAAGUUCUCGCCUGCCCACAUCUCGAACGCCGUCUCCGAAUCCACUGCCGCCCUGAGCAUGCCCUUGAAGGGCAGUCCAAGCGACCUCGAUGAACUGCUCGUCGAAGCAGCCCGACUGAAGAAAUACGCCAUGGCCUGGUUUGGUGACCUGAUUUCGAAACAACAGAGCAGGAAAGCGGAGGACAGCGAUAUUGCGGGUCGAGUUUAUGAAUUUUUGGCUGGGUUUUUGAGGUUCUUGCGCCGCUAUAUCGGCCGUCAGCCUUCGGAGGAUAACGAGUCCAAGGAGCAUGAAGCAUUUUCCAAGCGAGUGUCUACCUGCCAAAGCAUUGCGCUAGCCGCUGUGGACUCUGCAAUUGCCGUUGGAAAACUAUCUGUCAUGUCUCAACGACCUGCUUGGGAGGAUAUUCUCUCCAGCCUGGCGGAUUGCCAACGACUUCUGACGGUGAUCGACUCGACUGACAUGAACGACACUUCAUUGAUUGAGCAAACUGGGAUGGGAUUUGUCAAGAUGUCCAACCUUUUCUGGUCUCGGUACCUCAAAGAGAAAGAAGCUGGGAAAGGAUUUCGCGAGCUCGUGCCUCUCUUGAAACAGUCCGCCAAUUUGCUGUCUCCCUGUCUACCUGCUCAGCGAGUCACUGGGUUUGCUGCUCUCAAAUACGAACGGCUUGCCCAUGUGUACAUGGAAGGGAACAUGAGUGCCGAAUCCGAACAGGCGUUUCUCCAAUCACUCAGAGAGUACAUCGAAAACGGGACUUUGGAGCAAAUCUUUUCUGAAGCUUCCAGUGGAUUUCCGCAUCGAACUUGCCAGGAUCCGAAAAGCAAUGGUUUUAUGGUAGGGCGAGUCCUUUCUGCAUUCCUGAAAGUGAAGCUGCGGGCCAGGAAAUCAAAGGUUUCGGUCUUCGAUGAUGAGACUUUGAACCCAUUGCUACGAGGCCAUAUUCUGGAGUGGCAGAUGGGCAUCUUGACAGAGCUACACGUCUACGCGACAAAUGAUGAGGUUUUCCGAGGAACAUUUACCCUUUUCCUUUCGAAGCUUCUCGAUAUCUAUUCUUUCGAACUCAACCCUAUCCGCCGUCUGCGCGUGGUACUUUGCGGACUUCGCCUCUCGCUGGAGCGGCCGAGCGCUCUGGAACCGUCACUCCUGCAACAAUUGAUUGAUGAAGCUAUGGAGGGCAUUGAAAAUGAGAAAGCUGGCGAAGAUGUCGAUUUGUCUACCUUUUUAACUCACCUGAAGAACUCAGUUCGUCUCACAAUGGGUCUUCACCAAGGCGAUUUGCGACCCGACCAACUGGACCACGUCAUAUCUUCCUGGACCUCUAUGAUGCGCCACUGUCAUGACUGGGAGUCACUCGUGUCGUACGUUGGGGACGUGGAUUACUGCCUCGUCCAAAUGAAGGCGGUAGUCGACUACACAGAAAUCCACGGGCUGUGGAAGCUUCAGCUUUCCGCUCUCGAACUGAUCCUUCGCGUCAACGAACUUCAAGAAUCCGGUGACUUUUCCGAAGCCAUUGUCAUCCUUUCGCGUCUCGUCUUACAGUACUGUCGACUCGGUUUCUGUACAAAAGCAAGCGAACUCCUUGUUCGUGCCGAACAGUGCCUCUCCCAGAAUGAUGUCUCUUGUUUAGCGACGUUGUCUCAUCGCUUGGCACGAGUUGGAUACCUACUGGAAAUGGGCGACAUCGAGAAGGCAGCAGCUACCUUGUCAGCGGCAAGGGUGCUGUACGAGAAAAACCAGCGGAAGCAAGAUUUGAACAGCUGCUCUGUUCUGACCAAGAUCGCUUGGGAAAGAUUGGUGGCUGAUGCAGCUUUCAUGAGCUCCCGGCUGUCGUUUGCUCAAGGCUCCACAAAUGAUGCCCUCUUUUUCGCCAAGUUAUCCGUUAGACUGAACUGCCGUAUCUGGGCAAAGGUCGAGAAAAUCGCUCAAAGGAAGCAGGAUAAGAGUCUGCCCAGCAGCGAGAAUUCCGAACUCGAGACCGUGGUCGAAGGCAUGGCUAAGCUGGAUGUAACCCAAGCAUCGACUGGUUCCGCGAGCUAUUCUCAAGGCGCGCCAUUCUGGCCACACAUUGGCUCUCACCAUACCUCUCUAUUGAACCUUUCGUGCUUGUCAGCUCACCAUGGCCUGUUCCAGGACGCCAUAUAUUACGGCGAGCAGGCGUUGAAGGUCAACAAGACACUCAAUGCGAAUGUCCGUCUGAUUGCUUCCCAGGCACAGCUUGGAUCCCACUGGAUCUAUGGAGGACAUAUCUCUGAGGGCCGAGAACUAUUGGAAGCCGCCGAGUCGCUUUCCAGGGAACUAGAGAGCAGCAUAGAGUUGAUCUCAUUGCACAUGGGUCUUGCCACUCUUUACAGGGCGGAAGGGGACCACAAACACGAACUGCGGUCUCUCCUCGAUGCCGACAAGAUUAUGGCUAGUUUCAUUGCCUCCGAGGGCUCGGAUACUUCAUCGACGUCUUCCAAUGCCACAGACUUGGAGCAGAAGAUGGAAAAGCUUCAAGUCCGACCUAGCAGCCGAAGGACUAGGCAGACGGCAACGACUGCAACAAUAACAACGACGACGACGACACGGAGGACCCGUACCGCGACGACAUCUUCCCGAAGUGCACCAAAGGUGUCAGCCCCAAGUGCUGAACCGCCUACAACUCAGUCGACUACUCUGUCGCACUUGAAGAGUGACAUCUUUCGACAACAAGCAUCUUGUUCGCGCACGCUGCAUGAAUUCGAGAAAGCCUCGACCUUGCUCGACGAUGCUCGCAAAUUCGCAGUCUCCCGAGACAGUCAGAUUUCUCUUCACAUUGGAGAAAGUGAACACUUCCUUGCGGACGCUAUACGCCACUUCGCCUCGCACGCAGUGUACUGUGUCCUUCCGGAGUCAACUAUUUCUUUGCCAUCGUUGCAGUCGCCCGCCAAGGCCCCUAAGGAAACGGCUUCCUCAAGCAAAACAACUACGACGAAGAGACCUAGAGCACCCACCAGGGGCGUACGUUCUCGGACUCAGAAAACAGCCGAAGACUUCAGUGUUAUGCUGUCUAAGGCUGGUGACUGUUUGAACAAUGUAUUCUCCACGGCCACCGCUUUGGGAUCCACGCUUGAUAGCCACGCUGCGUCUCGUUUGAUGAGUCGGAUCUCGAUGUUGUCUCACGUUACUUCCCAUGAAGCCCCAGCAGUGUCUUUGUCUCCUGCUAAUGUCAACGAAAUCGGUCGCAUUGGUGCAUUUGCCAAAGAGCACGUUGCCAUCAGCAUCGACAAGCAGUUGGCGGACUUGAGCGACCCGCUCCUUUGGCCCUCGUCCCCGAAAGAAACACUCCAGCUGCAUGAUGACCCGUGCACCCAUUUCACCAAGGAAUACGUUGAUAUUCUGCCAGCGAGCUGGAACGUUCUUUCUCUAUCCUUGAGUGCUGACUGCAGCGAGUUCAUUGUUUCGAGGCUCCACCGAGACCGCUCGCCCUUCCUUCUGCGCCUCCCUCUCAAACGAGGCAACUCGGAGGACGACGAGGAGGAGCAGUUUACCUUCGAGGAUGGCAGGGAAGAAAUGCAGGAGCUUAUCAAGCUUGCAAACGAAAGUGCUCAUGCCGCCAAAGCGCAGACGGACCGGCAGGCGAAGAAAGACUGGUGGAAGAACCGCGAGGCCCUUGAUGCUCGAAUGGAGAACUUGCUGCAGAAUAUCGAAAACGUCUGGUUUGGAGGAUUCCGCGGUAUUUUCUCUCCUGUGCCGCAUGAUACUGCUCCUUUGGCCCGAUUUGCGACCUCGUUCCACAACAUUCUCGACAAGCAUCUUCCGUCCCGCCAGAAGGGUCGCCGAGCAGAGGGUCCACGACUGACACUGCAUCCCAAUGUUCUCGAGCUGUUCAUUGGAAUCAAGGACCUUGGCGAGCAGGAAGAUCCUGAAGACACCUUGAUGGAUCUUCUUUAUUUCGUGGUGGACAUCCUCCAGUUCCAAGGCGAACGUAACGCAUACGAUGAGAUCGACUUUGAUAUGAUGGUCCUCGAUACUCUUGAUGCGCUCCGAGGGUAUCACGAAUCUGUUCAAGAUGGACACAGCCAGACUCCUAACCACACCGUCCUGGUUCUGGACAAGUCCCUUCACCUCUUCCCUUGGGAGUCCCUCCCUUCCCUGCAGGGCCUUCCUGUUUGCCGUGUCCCAUCUCUCGAAUGCCUCCGUGACCGAAUCAUCCGCUUCCGUAACGAAGGUGCUACCAACCUUGACAACGGCCUGGGUAUCAAGCGCAACAACGGAAUCUACGUCCUCAAUCCAACUGGCGACCUGCAAACAACGGAAACCACCUUCGAGAAAGACCUCUCCGCCCUAGACAACUGGUCCGGCAUCGUCAAACGCCAACCGAGCGAGGACGAAUUCAAGGACGGGCUGGAAUCCAAGAGCGUCUUCCUCUACUUCGGUCACGGCAGCGGCGCACAGUACAUCCGCGGCCGAACCAUCAAACGCCUCGACCGAUGCGCCGUCACUUUCCUUAUGGGCUGCAGCAGUGGCGCCCUCACCGAAGCCGGGGAGUACGAGCCAUACGGUACGCCCAUGAACUACCUCCAAGCCGGUAGUCCCGCCUUGGUGGCCACCCUCUGGGACGUCACAGACAAAGACAUCGAUCGAUUCGCGAAAUCCACCUUCGAAGAGUGGGGUCUUAUCGGCGGCGAUGGAACGGAGGAGCCGAAUGGCAAGACAUUGGACGAGGCUGUUUCGGUGUCCAGACGAUCUUGCGUCUUGAAGUAUUUGAAUGGAGCCGCGCCAGUCAUUUAUGGAGUUCCUACGGUGUUUUUGGAAUAGAUGGCAUUAUUGGCCGAUUACUGCAUCGCUUUGCACUAUGGUUAUGAUUGUGUUUAUUGUUAUUGGAGUUGUCUGGGUUUUAUUAGCAUGCAUGAGCCCGGUGUUCAUGGUUAUUGUACAGUUGUUAGUAAUGUUGCG